AUGAAGGUGGCGGCGCUGGAGCUGAGCUCCCUCCUGGUCAGACUGCGCCGUUCCGCCACGGAUCCCGGCCCGGCCGCCCCCAGCCUCCGCCCGCCCUCCGGAGGCAGCUGUACGCCGGCUGCCGGCGGGCGUUCCCCGCGACCGCUGCUCGCUGCCACGGAGGAGGCCGGGAGUUGGGCGGGCGGCAAGGCACUGCUCAUCACCCUGCCCGACAUCGGGGAGGAGGCGGUGGCGGAGAGCGAUGCCGAGGAGGCGGCGUGCAACUUGCGAAGCCCCAGGAAGGGACUAUCCAGAGGUUCUACAAAUCGGUAUCAUUCAGGAAAAAGUAGAGAAUCUCUUCCAGCAGUUUUUGAGAGAAAUGUGCAAGAAGCCAUCAAUAACUACAGUUGUGAAAUGCUUUCAUCAGUUUCAUCUAGUGGACAUGCAACACUCACAGACCUGAAUAAUUCUUGGUCUGGGAUAAAAAGCUGUACAACUGGUUUGUCUACUGAAAGAAGUUCUGUUUACUCUUGGAGGGAUGAUGAAUUUGACGAAGCCAACACACAGAGAGUGCAUCAGCUAUUCUGGGAUAUUGAUGAAAUGCUGUUUGAAGGAAAAGUGACCUCCCAAACUCAGAGCCUGCAGGCAGAAUGCGCAGACUGGGUUGAGCGAUCUCUUCAUCUAAGGGUUCUGGGAAAGCAGAUCCUGUCACCAAAGAAUGAAGGUUUUCAGCACUUUGAAAGCAGAAAUGAUAGCUCUGUGGAUACUAAGUGUUUACCUGGUCUUCAUGAAUGUACUAGUAACAUAAAAGAACUCUGCAUUUCUGGCUCUAAGCUGGUUCCUAAAGUAUCUCCAGUACAGAAAUCAAUAAGUUCAAAUUCCACUACGAUUUAUGGCACUGAGUUAUCCACGUAUUCAUUCCUGGAAGAAGAAAUCUAUGAUGCUGAUGGAAAAAUGGAAGAAUAUCUCGCCUUUGACAUCAAGGAGCUUGAUGAUGAGUGUUUGGAGCAAAAGAAAAUACAUCUUGCUGAGAAGAGGAGUAAGAAUGGCAUUCCUCCUGUUUCUCCAAUGGCUUGUAUCAGGGAUGCUGUGGCUUCUGAAAUAUUUGAUCAUUUAUGGAGUAAUGUAAUUGGAAUAUUGGAGAAACUGAUUAAAAAACAUUUGGAGACGAAUGUCACAGAGAGUGCCAAGCAGGCAGAGAAGCUGAAAGCUGUUACAGGUAAACUGCCAGCUGUUCGUGUUACAGCAGAUGUUGGCAGCAUCCUCCUUUCCAGAGGCUCUGAAGCACGAAGUGUGUCUUUUGGAUCUCAUUUAGCUUCAUCACAGGUUCAUCAUUUCUCCAGCAGCUUCUGUAGUGACUUGAAUGGAGUGAUGACAAUUCAGGCAAAACCACUCCAACAGAGGCACUUUGCUGCAGUACAAAAAAUACAGAAUGAACAAGAAGACAAACCACAUAGCAUUAGCUCCAGUGCUCCCAAUUCAGUGCACACUAGUCUGGGGAGAAUAGCUGAUAGCCAUGUUCUCUCAUCAUCUCGGGUACUGCUGGCAUCUGCUAGGAAGCUACCAAGCCAUCGUAGGUUACCUUCUCUCACUUCUGAUCAACUCUCCUCAAAAGCUCCUAAUAUGUACAAUGAUGAAAUCCUUAGGGGGACUAAAUUGGUUGCCAACUUGGAUCGUUUAUCUUCUGGAUCUGCACAUACAGCCCGAAACAAGUUACCACCAAUAAACUCGGAGGCUGUUAAACAGUAUCCUUUGGUUGUACCUCAGUUGCAACAGAGCUCUCAUCGAGGACAACAUGCUCAUAGCAGAAUCUCAAGUGCAGUACCUGGCAGUACAGAGCAACAGCCAGUCAGAGAACGAACUGUUACUGAUCGGUUUUCAAGGCCCAGUACAACUCAUACGUUCAGGACAGACAGAUCUCAGAAAAGAUCACUAACUCCCAUGGAUUUUUCUAAUCACAGAGGAACAAGUCAAGGAUUUUUAAUAGGCUCACAACAUUACUACAAAUCCUUUCAUAGAAAUCCUCUAACUUCACGGAGGAGGUUUCAGAUCACUUCUUAACGAAGUCUAGAAAGAAAGAGAAGCCCUCUGCAGUGAAUGGAAGACUAAAGCACUCUAUUUGCCAGAUAGUAUCUUGUUUGACAGUGAGCACAUGCAGUAUGCUGGUUACUGAUGAACCUUGUGAUCCUCCAGAAUAUCUGUAUUACCUUGUUUUGAAGUUGCCUAAAUCAGAUGUUAGAUUAAAAAAUAGUGCAAUAUAGAAUGAAUGCACUCUUUGCAGAGUUGAGAUGCUGCUAUACUUUCUUCUCAGGCAAUCCUCCUCUUUCUAUCUUUCCUUAUGGAGUUGUUAUUCUACCUGUAGAAGUAAAUAAGUUAUGUUUAUGCUGUGAAGUCCUGUUCCAACUUCUUUUUUUUUCUCAGUGUUAAAAAUGUUCUGGUCUACGCAGACAUCAGUUCUAUAUAGAACUUAUAAACAGGAGUUAGCUGCAUCUCCUAUUCAACUCCUGUUCCAACAUUUCUGCAUUUUUAUUGUCUGCUUAUUGCAGUUGCUCUCUUGUAAAUAUUUUCUGCCCUAAUUUUUCUUCUUCCUUUAAUUCUUUUGAUAUGAAAUUGUUUCACUGCUUCUUAAGCUGUUCUAUGUAUCAUUUGCUGUAGAACUGCUGGGACAAACUGUGGUUAUAGGAAACAAUGUUCUGUCAGGCCAAACAUAUUUGUAGAUCUUGAAUAAUUGCACCUGCUUGCUGAUGUGUGAGUAAGACAGUUUACCCCUUCUUGAGAUUUCUUAUAAAAUAUUGGCUGUUACUGUACAAAUUAGACCUGUUUUUGGUAUGCUAUCAAAAUGGGAAGAAGAAACUGGGGUUAUUUUCUGCCCAAAGAUCACAGUCCUUUCCAAGUCCCAGGCUAUUAAUACUGUGUGCAUGCAGUCAAUGAUUCCUCCAUCCAUCAUAGCCAGAAAUUUAAGUAGAUGUAGUAGAAAAGCUGUUGAAAACAAGGAAGAGAAAAAUUUAGUUAUUUGUCUGAAUAAUAAUUAAUAAUAGCAUCAGGUUCUUGUACUUGGAAACUAAUGCCAGUUCUCAUAACUUCUUUUUUAUGAAUAUUUGGAGCUUGGUAAUCCAAGACAAAGAGCUUGUAAUGUAUAUAUUUUAUAUCUGUACUGUUAAUAAGAUUACUGUUUGUAUAAAUGGUCAUCAAAU